GAGAAUCUUUGGCGAAUUCUUUGCAGCAGUAAAGUUGAAUCCAUAAGGCAAUAUCCUGCCAACAUUUUGAAGAAAGGAAGAGGAAGUGAAAAUCUAAACAGAGUUUCUGUGCCGGCAUUGUUACUUGCUUGACUCUUGCCGUACCGCAGUGUUUUCACAGUUCCAAGUUUGAAAGUUAAUGAAGAGUUCGACAACGUCGCCAAAUGAUGUAUUUUGUUGCAUGGUUUCAAGCAUAUUUAAUCAAAUAUCCCGCUCUCAUCAGUUCAUACUCAUUUGCAGACUUCAUUAGACGGAAAGAUGUGAAAUCGAAAGUAUCGAAAAUUCAGAUUCAUCACAAUAUAAAAUAACCAAUUAUAAUAUGCAGAUUCCAUCGCAAGUCUCAUCGUUGAAACCAUUGUUAGUUUCGACGUUGGAUGAAAACUUCGAAGUUAGCACUGAUCUGUUAACUGUCGUGCCUGGCGUCAAUGCAUCUGUUGAAUCCACCAUUUCACCAGAAACCCAAGAUCUCACCAUUUUCGUGGUUUUGAUAUUUGUCGUAUUACUGCCGCUGUCAAUAUUUGUCAUCAUUGGGAACAUUCUCGUGAUCAUUGCCGUGCACAAGAGCUUUCAUCUUCGGGAGAGAAUCUUCUACUACGUCGUAGGUAGUAUGGCAGUCACUGAUUUACUUGUCGGGUUUUCUAUUAUACCCUUGUAUUAUGCGGCCAUAUUUGUUGACACACUGAAGGGAAGUCUUUACGGCUGUAUGACGAUGAUAAGCGUUGUGAUGAUUCCAAGUACCAUAUCUAUACUUCAUGUUCUUGUCAUCGCCGCCGAUCGGUACAUUGCCGUUUUCUAUUCCUUAGAGUAUAUACGCAUGGUCACGCAACGAAGAAUUUUCAUAACCAUCGUCAUGAUUUGGAUAUUCGCGCUCCUUUUCCACGCCCUCCCCUUCAUGGGAUGGAGAAAAAAACAAUCCGCAUCUUUCGUGAUGGAGUACUGCUUUACGGACCAGUUCUGGACACCAUCGGUGGCAUGCUUUCAAUUUGGUCUUACUGUCAUAGUACCUCUCUGCAUCAUGAUUGGUAUCUAUGCGCGCAUCAUAGGAGCUGCGCGUCUUCAAGCGCGUCGUGUCGACGCGCAACGAGAAUUCGCCCUCAACAGAAGCGAGGCGAUUGAAAACGGGCAGCUGUCCGUCAUUUCUGUCGACAGCAACAGCCGGCCGACUGAAUCGCAGGCUCCAGUCGUCAGGAUCCGACGCGGUCCCACUACGGCCGAGCUGAAGGCCACAAAGACAUCGGCGAUAGUGCUUAGUACCUUCCUUCUAUGUUGGUUACCUGCAUACUGCGUACAUAUUGCAUUUACGUUCAUCAAUAACAACCGGGCAGAACCACUCCACAACCCCACUAUUGGCCUUCUGCACGCCUCGUCCAAUCUCCUGCCAUUCAUUAGUUCCGGAGCAAAUCCUGUCAUUUACGCAUUUAGCUAUCAGGAUUUCCGUAGGUCUUUCAAACAGUCCUUGUCCUUUUACCGACGAAACAAUUGAAAUGUUUUCGAUUAAGCUCAACAAAUUUAGUUACGCCGAAGUACAAAAGGACCUUAUUUGAAUCCGGGAUGUUCGGCACUCUUAUUUCUAAAGCUGAAUCGAUUUAUUUCUCUAAAUAUAAUGUCAGAAAACCACCAAUUGAUUGCAUAGAAAUGGAAAAGGCAACCGUCUUUUUUUGUUUUGCCUAUUUCAACAAUUACAAUUUUUUAUAUUAGACAUAGAACUGUUUAUUCACGAUUAAUCUUUAGGUAAAACAAAUGCCUGCCAGGUUUGCUGUCAAAGAUCAAACCAAUCUUUAAUUCUUUAUACUUAAAGGAUUCUUUGUGGUUUUGUAACAUGCCCUCAAUUGGUUUAUUUUUACUUAUACUGUAGAAUGGGUAUCAUGCAGGUAAUUACCGACGCAUGAACAGCCAUGCAUCCGGUAAAUUUGCCAUGACUUGUGUCCGGUAAUUACUUAUGCAUGGCUGUAAACAAAAUGAUAUUACUGUCCACAAAUACCACCAUUCUAUAAAACAAAUGAUACACAGGUUUGUUCGUGCAUCGGUAGGACUAGUGAGCAUGCCGUAACUAUGGAAACUAGUCUAAACCCACUCGGUUGCGCCUCAUGCAUGGGUUUCACAAAACCUACCGAUACAUUGACAUCUGUGAAUCAUUUGUAUGAUGUGCCACUUUCACUUUAUACAACUAUAAGUAAAAUGUAAAUACCAGAUUGAAUUUCACUGUACAAAUAUGUACAAACAUUGUUGCUUGUGAUAUCAGUGCACCAGUAAGUAUUAUUUGAGUGUGUGAAAAGAAGAUCCUGCUCUUUUCGGAAGUGAUUAAGGAGGACCAUACAUUUAUGUAAACAUUACGAUCAGAUUUUGCUUCGAAAGCUAUCGUGAAAAAGAGGAUGAAAAUGACACGGCUGCUUGAUUUUAAAGCAAAAUGUAAUUAUAUUUUCACUGCAUGGUAUACGAGGCACCGUACGUCCGUGUCAAUGUCUACGCCUUUUGUUUCUUAAAAAAACAUUCGAAAGUGUUGUACAAAAUUGAAUAACGACGAAUUGAAACGUGUAUUUUGUCAAAAUGAUCAAUGAUCUAAUUUAUUUCUUUGGUAGGUCAAAGUAAUUUUUCGUAUUUGGUCCCCUGACGACUCUGUCACAAAGUUAACGAUUUUGGACGCGCAUUUGUGUGAUUUUGCUCACCAACAUAAGAUUUAGACGGCAAUAAGAAUAUGGCAUUUUCUGCUUGCCAAGUUAACGGUUUUAGUAGAUCCAUGGUGACUUUUUUGGGGGGCAGUUAAAACAGGGACAAAAAUCGUGAAAUUGACUGCCAAAAGUGGCAAAGUUCUUGUCCAAAAUCCUACACGAGGGGAGUGUCUGAAGUCAUCAAUUUCGUUUAAAAAAAUCUCGUCACAGUGGCAACCAAAUGCCGAGAGAUUCAAGGCGAUAUGGCCAGCCUACAUUUGAGGUUUUGAGGGGGAUAGGUAUAUAGCCACAAUAUAGUGAAGUGAUAGAAGGAUCGAAAUAUGUAUUACAAUCGAUUCAUACAUAUACGUGACUAAGUUAGUUUACAUCUUAUCUGUGCUAAAAAAAAUACUAAAUGGCGAUAUUUUUUCGUGUUUUUUUUCAGUCACCCGUCUCUCUUCCCACGAUGGAAAUCAAUGCAAUUAUGUAAACAAUUAUAAAACUCUGAAAAAACGAGCACGAAAGUUGCAUACACACCCCUUUUAAGAUUAUGAAACAAAGAAAACACUGGUUGGAAAGAGUGGAGAUACACUCCUAUGCAAUGAGUCGAUUUAUGAUGAUCAGGGGCGGACCCAGGAUUUUCAGAAGGAGGGGGGUGGGGGCUCACUUGUGUUAAAUUAACAUUACAAUUUUUAUCAUGCCUCUCAAGAGGGGGGGGGGGACAAGGGCCCGAUGUGCCCCCCCCCCCCCCGAUCCGCCAGUGGUGAUGAUGGUGAUGAUUGAACACACUUGCAACUCUCGCCCAGGUUAUUAUAAAUAGUGUAGAAUCAAAAGCAAUAAAUUGGACCAGUAUAAUUGUAAAAAUACAAUCAUAUUUCAAAGUUGGCUUACACCCGCACCAUCUGCAUCCCUUUCACGGAUCACUCGUUUUUCUGUACCAUAAUAAUGUUUGGUUAAGCUCCCAAAGUAGAGUCUAGAUCUAUUUUGAAAAAAAAAGAGGCCUGAAUAAUCUUCUAGAGGCAUUGUGGGGCAAAAGAGUUGGGAACGGGAGUAUUUUACACAAUGCCUAUGUUCUGAAUCCGAUUAGACCCGGGGAGCGUUUCAUGAAAGGACUUGUCGGACGUUUUAUCCGACAAGUCCCAUUUUAUCCGACAGUUACCAUAGUAACAGUGCCUUUCAGCCAAUCAACAUGCAGGGAAAGAUGUCAGAUCUGACAACUUGUCGGAUGAAAAUGUUGAUGAAACACUCCCCUGUUCUCAAGCUGAUUUAUCACGUUUUGACCGCCUAAUUUGCAUAAACAAAAUGGCUGCCAAAUCGACCAUUUAUGAUCUUCUUUCUACAAGAUUCUUUCUAAAUUGGCUCUUAUUUUCAUGGAUCAUGUUGAUAAUGCAAAAUCCUGCAUAUAUAAUGUGUAUCAUUUGUAAAAAUUUGUCAUUUUUAGGUAUAAUCAAUUAAUUAUACCAAUUUAUGCAUAUUGUGCAAUAUUAUGAUAUAACUUGAUAAAUUUAGCUCAAAUGUAUAUUUUUUUUGUACAGAUAGCAUUCACAGCAUUAUGAAUAACCCUCCGGCCCUAAAAAAUAAUAUCACGGUCAUAAUUAAUGUUUGAAUUUCUCAUUCAUUUCUUUAUACAUGUACAUGUAUUUCCUACCAUUUGUUUUGUACAUGUUUCGUUAAGAGAUCUCUCAAAGUACUGGUUAUCAAAGACAGAAAAACAAUUUGCUUCAGUGUUUUAAUCAUUUAAUGACGCUUUUCACUUCAACUUUUGUAUAUUUUCAGGGACAUACACUCAUGCACCCUCACCCACACCCGUAUCUAAAUACAAUUUAAUAUGCUUGCUAGCGGGCAUACCAAUUUAAAAGCACACUGGUGGUGAUCUUGCAAAUUUCAUGAACAUGUCUGUAUUCAAAGCGAAGGUGUUUAUUGAUUGGUACAAUUUCAAUCUGAUUGUAUUGUGAUUUUUUUAUUCUAUUGAUAGAUCAAUUCAUUCAUAUUUAGAAUGUUAGAUGAUAAGUACGUAUUAAAUCAACGAAAUGCUGUCCAAUUCUCUAUUCCUUAAUUGUUUUACCCAAUAAAUAUAUACCCAAGAAACAUAAUCCGAUUACAUACAUUAAGUGUCUUUUUAGCAGUAUGAAGUGAAAAAAUUCUGCUGAAAAUGAGAUUUCCUUUGUUUUUCUAAUUGCCCUCUAAUUGAAUUGUGCUAAUUUGUUAACACUUCUCAGAACGUAACAGACAUAGAUUAGAAACCAUUUAUUUCCUUUUUCAUUUUAGCCAAACUAUGAUGUUCUAAAAUUCCACUACGCCAGUUUUUAAAGUCCCAAGUUCCACAAAAAUGAACAAUUUACUCUAUAUACUGCCGAGCCGAGUUUUCAUCAUUGGACUUCAUUGAAGGAUUGCAUGUGCAUUAAUGUACAAAUUUGAAUUGUGUGAAAUAAACCUGCUCCCCUCUUUUACUUCCAAUGCCUCUAUAGAAUUCACAUUUUCCCUAUACAUCUCUUGUCUAAUAGGGGAUUUUUGCUUGCUAGGCAUGACGGAUUCAAGAACACAGUAAAUGUAUUGAAAAUGCCCGUGUAAUGACAAAGCACGGCUGGGAGGUCUUUGUCGAAAAAAUUGAUGAAUUGGAACAGCAGUUUCGACCCAGUUUUCGGAGCUGAUGAAAAAAUGCAAAUUAUGUCGAUAGUCCGCAGUCCAGGACGAGACUACUGUUUUGAUUCAUCAGUUUUCGACAAAGACUUCUCGGUUAUUCUUUGUCAUGAAGGUACUUUUUGACAAUACACUUUGUACGUUCCUGAAUUCGUCGUGCAUCGUGGAGCGAAAACGUUCUGAUGCGAUUGCCUCACAAGGCGAAUGUUUGGAACACUCUCCAGGGAAUGAAGAGUGUGCAAACAGACAUGUGUUUGCGUGCCUCAAAUUGAAUCCAAUUAUCAUCACCAUGACAAUGUACAUGUGUACUCUCCAAACAAUUCAGUCACAUUUUAAUUAAUAUUCCGGAUCGGAUGAACUCAAGAGGUUUCCCUUUAAAGGCGAGACUUAAGUGAUAGUAAUUAAAAAUAAAUAAAUAAAUUUAAAAAAAGGGCAUGCACAUAAGUUUAUAGCAAGGUUGCUUAUAGAAUUUUCAUUUAUUUGAAUAUAGGAUAAAAGAACAUUCCAUAUUAUGGCCGAGGAUCGAACAUCGGAAUUUCAUGUUUCUAAUCAGGCUCGAUCCUGGGACGUCCACUCAGCCACUGCAGAAUUGUCUACAGGUUUGCGAUAAGGGUAUACCACCAUACAAUGAAGUUCCUGUGACAAUGUUGCUCCUCUGCAAAUCCCACACAUUCAAUAAUGGAAUGACCAACUUAACCCUGGAUUUAACACUAUACCCUGGGAUCCUAAACCCAACCCUAAUCCUAACAUAAAACCCUUUUACAACCCUAACCCCAACCCUAUAUCUUAGACGAAAUAAAGCCCGGAGCAAUUGUCGCCGGAGCAAAUCUCGUUCCAUAUACCGUAAAGAAUCACCCGUCAUGUAGGCCUAUUGAUUGUAUCCGUAUAUGGAAUGCAACUGCUCCGGGCUACCAACGCUGUCUACCAGCUGGGUGCUCGAAGGCAGACACGGUGUAUAUAUAUAUAUAAUGGCGAACUCAAUUAUUUGUCGCUAUUUUAGAAACAUGUAGUAUUAAUGACUUAUGUUUUUGUAUAAAAGUUAAGGUCUUGUUGAUUAUGUACUAGGAACACUUACAGAAUCCAUCAUUCAAAACGGUUUGCUAAAUUCUAACAAUUUUUAUUCAUCUCAGUAAUAACUAUUAUUUGAGUAAAAAAUGAUUGGUAUCAGACAUCACCACUUUGACCACUAGAACUUAUUCUUUUACAAUCUAGUCAGUUUUAAUCAGGAACUCGACACAUAAGUGUGUUAAUGCAAAAAUAUAUUCAGACGUGAUGUGAUUAGAGUAUAGAUAUACGGCAAAAAGCACGUCGUCGUUUUUAUUUAUGAACGCAAUAAGCAAAACAAACUUGACAGUAAGAAAUUGGAGGGAAAAUUAGAAAGAGAGAUAAGUUGAAGAAACCGCAGUCCACUAUUGAAGAUAUAUUUAUUUUUACAAGCACCUAAGUAAAUUUUUGUAACCAUAAUUAUUUGCUCCUUGUUGACUUUGUUUAUAAUUAAAGGUAGUCUUGAAGAUGUCUGUCGGUGAAUGUGAAGAAGUGAUGAUUAUAUUUGUUAUUUCUAUUUAAUCAUGAAAUAUGCAUCAUAGAAGCCUACUUGACCUUUACUAGAUAUAGUGUUACUUAAGUUUGUGUUGGCAUCCUCGCUGGAUCAAAUCGAAUUUGUGCCCCCCCUCGAGUAAUUACGUAUAUAUGAUUUUAAAAGCAUUGAAAGGGCACACUGUUGAGAAAGUACAAUAUGGCAUGGCGCCUUUCGGCAUGAAAGUGAUAUUGCUCAUACAAUAUUGAAAGAGGAAAUCACUUGUUUGAUCACAUUUUCCAGGACGGGCGCUGGAGGCAUUAUGUGAUGGUAAAAGUACGGUGAAUAUCAGUGGCGGAUCCAGCUUUUUAU